AUGACCGACUGCGCCUCCUUAACGACCACAACGCAGACAAGACUCCUCCAGCCGACACUCCAACUUCACCAGGCCACGACGAAAGCUCCCUCUAUCCCUCCCAUUGAUCAAGACUUUGCCAGGCUUGCGGCCUCAGAGGCUCUGCGCCUGCUAAGCGCGAGCCUUGAAACUCUCGUCCAUGUCACCGGUGACAUCCCCCCAACGCCUCCUCCGAGGUCACCCACCGAUCCGCAGAUGAGCGGACUACAGGCCGAGAAGGAUAUAAUUGCACGGUCACGAAGAUCUAGCCCAGCCCCCGGGAAGGCUGAUGCUCGCAUUCACUACAACAAACCCAGGCCGCAGGACCAAAUCGGCGAUGCCUCAGUUGACCGAUCGCGCAAGGCAAAUACUCAGCAGCCAGAAAUCGACGGCGUGCGAUUGAAAUCCCCUUCUCCUCGAGCUCCCGAGCAUGUCAUCAUCUCUGGCGACUCGCAUCCUCUAAACACCCAACAUAGUGCCAUCACUCGCAAAUUCUAUUCGAAACUCGAGCCACCCAUCACGAUCACGCAAUAUCUCCUACGGCUGCACCAGUUCUGCCCCAUGAGCACGGCUGUGUACAUCGCGACUUCGCUGUAUAUCCACCGGCUUGCUGUCGAGCAGUGUGCCAUCCAUGUCACUAAACGGAACGUGCACCGCCUCGUUUUGGCGGGACUCCGCGUGGCUACCAAGGCACUCGAGGACUUAGCCUAUCCACACUCCAAAGUUGCCAAAGUUGGCGGUGUGAGUGAGGCAGAGCUGGCGCGGCUGGAGAUCAGCUUCUGCUUCCUAGCCGGGUUUGAGCUUGUCAUUGGAGAGGAGAUGUUAAGAACACACUGCGACGUUCUGAAGGAGAAGAGUGACGAGGCGACCAAGCAGCAGAAGGGGUCGGAUGAGAAGGUGCUGGAGCUGCGGAUGGCAAACAAGCCAAACGGGGUUCAAGAAUCAUGA